AUGGAAGAAUUACUGCCGCUCGCUCGACCAGUUCGAAGAUCAGCGGGAGUCAAGGUUAUCAAGGUGAAGAAAGUAUUCGUUGUGGAUCCUAUAAACUGCCGAAGAAAUCCACUGUUGAAUGUUAUGUGCAAAGAUUUGGAGCUGAUUAUUUUGCAUCGGCUGUUCUUGCUCAAUUUCCCCACCGAUGACACCAUGCGAAGAGCAGCUGAUCAGUGUCCUGCCGACAUCGUCUAA